AUGGACUCAGAAUUAGCGUACAUGACUUCUACGGAGAUCGCGCAGUCGAUGAAAACUGCCCAUCUCGAACUCGCCUACGAACGCGCUCUCCGACAAGCCGAACGAAUCUACGAGGAAGAACGAGUCCGGGCUAUCCGCGUAUCGCUGCUACUACUUGAAGAUGAGAACGAAGAACUACAAGAGCAGGCGCUGCAAUAUGAAGAUCAGCACAACUUUAUGGAGGAAACAAAUGAGGAGCUUCGAGAUCAAGUCGCAAUAGUGGAAACGGACUUGGAGCAGACACAGAUGGACUUGAAAGCGCGAUUACGCGACUUGGAUCACCUCAGAGCCGAGGUAAACGCGUUGAACGCAGCCAGCGCAGAUGCGACCAAACUGCUUUCAGAAAAAUUGGCGCUCGCGAGAGAAUUGAACAUCUUGAAGCCUGAGCUCGAACACUUGAAAUCGCACACGUCCACUCAACAAAAGUUGCUCUCGGAGAAACUAGCCCUGGAACGCGAAGUCAGUUCUCUGCAAGUUGAGUUGGACACGGAAAAGAGAACUGUACAUCGAAUCAAGGCGCAAGAGAAAUCAUCUGCCAGCGACGAAGCCACAAUAACGGCCGAGAUCGAGGAGUUGAAGAAAGAGCUGGCCCGCGCUAAGCGAGAGGCUCAAAAGACAGAUCGUGAGAAUCGCAAGAAGACGGCUGAAUGGGAGGGCCAGAAGGAUCAUUUGGAAGAGAAAUUGGAGGCAUACAAGAGCAAACUUCGAGGAAUGAAGGACCAGCUUUCGGAAGCCCAAAGCGAGAUCGAGCGAUUGCAGGCUGCAAAAAUGGCGCAGUCAACCGAGAUGACCAAGAUGCGGCUUAACGGUGGUGCAGCGGCAAAUCCUAGAAAGAGAAAUGUUGCUCACUUCGAUCCUGACAUGACGAUCGGCACUCCAGGAAAUGGUGGGCCUGCAGCAAAGAAGCAGCGAUUUUCAGUCAACCCAGGCGACAAAUCGACAUUUUCCAUGACACCGUUCUUGAACCGUACUCUCAGCAGUCUGCCCGAGUCUCCCACUGCAGAAGAGAACGAGCCUCAAAAGAAGAAGCAGAGACAAAAAGCUGGAAAGGGUCAAACCGAUACUGCUGCUGAAGAUGCGACGGAAGCGCUACCAAAGGCGAAGACUGCACGUUCAGUGCCUGAGAAGCCCUCGGCGACCAAGAAACCUGGACAGAAGAAAACCCAAUCUGCUCAACCGCUCAAAGAAACAACCAAUGCCAAAGCCAACACAACCAUGAAGAAGCCUCAACUCGAGAAACUCAUGGAGGAAAGCUCCGACGUGGACAGUGACCAGGAAAAAGACGAAACCGAUGGCAACACAGAAAAUGUGACCGAAUCGACCACGCAACACACAAGCGAAGCCACCACCAAGGCGGAGAGACUCUUUCCCAAGCGAACUAACAUUUUCGAUGAAGAGGAUGGUGCAUCAGCUCCCAAGGUUAGAAAUCUCGGUGGUGGACCUGGUGCCCUUGGACGACUGAAUUUGAAGGCUAAACCGAAUGGUAAGGCAAAGGUGUUGGCAGAGUUCUCUCCGCUAAAGAAGGAUCGAAGGGCGAUGGACUCGGUUCUGGGCAAAGACCAGUUCGCCCGCGCGGCCAAAGUUCAAGGCCUCAAAAGUCGUGCGGCAUUCAAAUUACUUCAGAUCAAUGACAAGUAUCGGCUAUUUAAGCCUGGAAUGACUGUCAUCGAUCUAGGGUUUGCGCCGGGCAGUUGGAGUCAGGUUGCAAUCGAUUUGACAAAACCCCGCGGCCGUGUUCUCGGUGUCGAUCUCAUACCAGUACAGCCACCGAAAGGAGUAUCUGCGAUUCAAGGCAAUUUCCUGUCUCCAGAUGUCCAAGCGGAAAUCAAAUCGUUUCUACGUGACCCCGACAAGGGACGUCUCCGCCAAAGCCACCCGAUCUUCGAAGUCGGCUCGGAAAAUCCAUCUCCCACCAACAGCGACCUAGCCACCGCGGUCGACCAAAUGAAGAUCGAAGAGGAAGAGACAGGUUACCUCGAGCGACAGCACAGCCUCGGCACCGCCGUUGAGGAAGAGGGUGACCAGGAGAAACAAGACGAGGCUGCGGCCCAGCACCUCGAUAAGACGGUAGACGUCGUCUUGAGCGACAUGUGGGAACCCUGGGACCCGCUUGACGGCAUGUACAAGAAAACAAUCAGUAACCCAUAUCGCAGGUUAAUGAACACGAGUGGUAAUGCGUUCCGCGACCACGCCGGUAGCAUGGACCUCUGCCGCUCUGCCCUGUAUUUCAGCUAUGACACCCUCAAGGUGGGCGGCCACUUCGUGUGUAAAUUUUACCAAGGAGCGGAGGAUAAGGCGCUCGAGAAGAGCCUCAAGGCCAUGUUUCAGAAGGUGCAUCGCGAUAAGCCCGAGAGCUCACGCAGUGAAUCUAAAGAGGCUUAUUUUGUGGGCAUUAAGAGGUUGGCCAAGGUUGAUCGGGAUGCGGUCUUCAGUGAGGGUUGA